GGUACAAUAUCUGGUGACGAUGGCCUGAGGCUAUAACUUCACUCUCACUGACACUCUUUUCCAUAACUUUGUGUAAUUUAGUUCCUACUUCACUUCAUCUGCUCCUUCUUAAGCAGUUCCUCAGGUUGGAGGAUGACUUCUGACCUGGUUCGGAGGGAAUUAAAAUUCUUCACUGAGAUUGAAGAUUAAGGUUGUCUGAAGAACAAAUACUCAAAAUGAUUGCUGAUUAAGAGGAGAAUUCUGGCACUGCAUGCAUCAUUCAGGAAAAAUGGCUGAAGGACAAGAUUAGAGUGAGUAAGUUUAUCGGUAUAGGAGUAAUCACAAAAACCGAUUGUAAACACUCGCUGAAUUUGAAUGCACUGGGCAAGAAAAAAGGAGGCUGACGUCAUGGGGAUCCGCAAAUAAAAAUCUCUCUUGAGAGGAUCAGUCUGAUGACUGUCAUGCCAUCAAGUACAGAUAUCAUGGACAACUCCCACAGCCAGUCCGUCCUUGGUUGCUUGAAUGAACAACGCACCAAAGGUGUAUUCUGUGAUGUCACCAUUGUUGUGGAAGACACCAAAUUUAAAGCCCACAAGAAUGUUUUGGCAGCAUCCAGUGCUUACUUUAAGAAUCUAUUUUCAAGCCAAGAGUUGUGGUUGGUCGGCCAUAUCCUUGAACUACCUGACUUCAAGGCAGAUGUGUUUGCAGAAAUAUUGCAUUUCAUCUACAGUGCAAAGGUGGUUGUUAAAGGGUCAGAGCGAGUGAAAGAUCUUGUGGAUGGUGGAAAAAGAUUAGGGAUAUCAUUUUUGGAAAAUCUGAUGCCCAUGCCUCAACAACACAUUGGGUCUUUGGAUGCUUUGUGCAGCUUGUCACCCAAUUCUACUCAAUCGCCUUCUCCUGCUUCUUCCCUCUCCUUAUCAGCAAGUGUUCACAACCUGAAAGCAGAGGCCUGCAAUUCAGUUUGUGACAAAGGCAGUGAAGAUUUUCAGUCUGUUAAUGGACCCCGAAUCACAAAUGCGUUUUCCAUUUUCAACAUGCAGGAUGGCAGUGACUUGUAUUUUCCACUUGACUUAACAGCCAAUGUCAACAAAAAAGCAGUAGAAUCUGAUAAGCUGUCCAUGGUAUGUGUUCCCCAGGAUACAAAUAGAGCACAGCAGAAGCCAGCUCAGACAUUCGCUGAACAUUCCUAUGCUGUGUUCUCCUCUAGAAAAGAUCAGCAGAAUGGUGAACACUAUGGUCUUCAAGAAACCUUGCAAGAAAAUGAAAAGGCUUUAUGUAACAAUAAUUGCAAUACUGCUAGCACUGGAAGCAGGCAGGAUGUUUAUUUGGAAGACCAGAUUUGCAAGCCAAGCCAAUCACUUCACACUGCCAGUUCAACUGACUUUAAGGUUUUACGAUUUAAUUUGAAUGCACUACAGACCACAAAUGAAAGUAGUUCAGUAGGCUUUGUGCCGGUUACUGACCCAUUAAAUGAGCCUACCUUGAAUACGCAGGAAACUACAGGUGGUGUUACUGAUGCAGAGAAAUGUUCCCCUGCUGGAGAAAAGAUGAGCAAAUCAGUGUCUAAUGCUGUUUGGUCUGAAACAGUGCCAGAAAUGGAAAGCCAAGCUGCUUACAGCUGUAAGUAUUGCCCACGAUCUUUCAGCACUCGAGUUUCAUUGAAUGUCCAUUCCCAGAUCCACACAAGCCUCUUAGAAAAGCCCCUGUCCUGCAGGCACUGUGGUAAACCAUUUGUUCAUCUCAAGAGGCUCCAGACACAUGAGCACCUUUGCAGAGGGCCGGGAACAGUUUUGCCUGACUCUGAAUCUACAGAUGAGCAAGUGGAGAAUUUUUCUAGCGACAAUGAAGUUGCCAGAAGUGAGGAAGACCUAAAUAUGACUACUUGUGCUUCAGAACCAGAGAAUUCUAACAAGCACCCAAUAAAUUUGGUACGCUCAAGGCGAGGCAGCAGCUCACCAGACCCAGAACAUUUUGUGAAGGUUGUUGAGGGACACAUUUUGUAUUUUUGCAGUGUUUGCAAGCGCUCCUAUGUAACUCUGUCCAGCUUGAAGAGACAUGCCAAUGUUCAUUCUUGGAGGAGAAGCUAUCCCUGUCAUUACUGCAGUAAAGUAUUUGCAUUGGCUGAAUAUCGUACCAAACAUGAAAUAUGGCACACUGGUGAAAGGCGGUAUCAGUGCAUCUUUUGCUUGGAGACCUUUAUGACCUACUAUACUUUGAAAACCCAUCAGAAAUCCUUUCACGGCAUUGACCCAGGACUUCCCACAAACAAGAAAACGGCCAAUGCUGGAUACCGAGCCAAGAUGUAUCCAUUCAAACUCUACAGGCUUCUACCUAUGAAGCUACAAAAAAGACCAUACAAAACUUACACUCGAUCGAGUCCAGAAAAGUUCAACAGUAAUCAAGCUAUUGGAGUUUCUUCAAAUGAUCAAAAUAUGACACCUGUUGAUCUCGGUAACCCUUCCAUUAGUAAUCCAUUGUCUACUUCAGAGAAUUUGCAGGACAAGUUGAUCUCUUCAGAGACCAUUCCUUCAGAACAGACACUUCAUUUUGCAUCAACCCAAGAUGGGCGAAGUGAAGGAGAAGAACAGCGACCUUGCCUGGCAGGAACCAAUGACUGCCAACUCGAUGAUUCCUUGCUUCAUUGGACUUCAACAGAAAAUGAAGCUAACAAUAGUGGUAAACAUUGUAUUGAAAAUGGACAGCAAGGUUUGGCCACUGAUGUAAAUACAACCAGUCUCUCUGUUAUUAACUAUGGGCAUACAGCACCCUCUGUGAUAAUGCAUAGCAAUAGGGUUUCUUCUGUUAUAAAACAUGGAAAUGCAUUUUCUUCUGUCAUUACAUACAGUGGUGGUAAUGAUGGUUAUCAAAUGUGUCCAAAGACCAAUGUAAGCAGUGAUUCUUCAGAUGCGAAAACAAGGAAAAGCAUUGCUAAAGACAGUGUUAAACUACAGAGUAAAGGUGGCUAUAGGAAGACAACGGAAUCAGCAAAGGGAAGUGGACAAGCUGUGGGACCUGGGGCUGCACACAAGAACCGUUCAAGUACUUUCUCUGGAGGAAGCCGGACAGAAACCUACAUUGCAAAGCCUGCCUGCCCUGGAACCUCCGCUGACAACCAGGUAGCCCCCCUUUGCCAAAUUACUGUGAAAAUUGGGGAUAAAGCAGUUGUACAAAGACACAUUGCAGGCUCCAAACUGUUCCGUCGAAAAGGUCGGAAGCCGAAAUGGAUGAUGCCAGAAGAAGAAAAGGUGGCUGAAAAUUUCAAGAUGGAAGAUGAUGAAGAGCAAAGUAUGAAGUCAUCUGGCUGUUCAGAUCCUACUGGAAGUAUCGCAGAUCCAGCAGGAGGUGCAGAAACGUGCGAUGAAAUGAGUGAUCAUGAUUCAAAUGACAAACUUUGGAGACCAUACUAUAAGUACAAGCCAAAAAAGAAAGCUAAAGGCUUUCACAAAAUGAGGAAACCUAGGUGGAAAAAACAGAAUGGAUCUAAGGACCCUAACCAUCCUGAUUCUAUAUCUAGCACAACUGAAGAAAAUGAUGUUAAUAUCCCUGAAGAAAUUGCUCAUAAUAACAUUAUUAGUGAUGAAUCCCAAGAUUGUAGCAAUCUACUUGAUGAUAAAGUAAAACCUAUUGAGGAAGAAAUGGAAAGAGACCUAAAAUGGAGUGCAACCACAAAGCCUUACUCGUGUACUCUCUGUGCAAAAUUAUUUUCAAACUCUUCUACUCUGAAGACACACUUAAGAUGUCAUACUGGUGAGCAGCCAUUCUCCUGUGAAACUUGCGGGCGCCGAUUUUCGGUCCAAGGAAACCUCCACAAACACGAGCGCAUUCACUUGGGUACAAAGGAGUUUGUUUGCAUGUACUGUGACAAGGCCUUCACUUUGAGUGAAACACUGAAAAAGCACGAGAGGAUCCAUACUGGCGAGAAACGGUACCGCUGCCAUUUUUGCCCUCAACGUUUCCUUUACCUGACUACCAAGAAAAAUCAUGAGCAGAAACAUUUGGAAAGAAAGCGUGCUCAGCAGGAAGGGAAAGAACAUGUUUGUUUCCAGUGCUUUAAAAUUUGUAAAACAGCAGCUGCACUUGGUAUGCACCAAAAAAAGCACUCAGUGAAACAUUCUGCUCGCAAGGAUUCUGAAGGAUUGUCAAACUACAAAAGUGAUCAACGUGCAAAUGUGAAAACAGAAUCCAAACACAAAAAUAGAGCAGAGGCAGAGGACGAAACCCCUCUGCCAACUACGUCUGGAAAUGUUGACCAGAUUCCUUGCUCUCUCAAUAUAGAGCUCAGGCAUCCCAUAAGCCAACCUGAACUGGCAACUGUACCACAGAAGACUAACUGUGUUGCAUAUCCAUGGACAAGUGCUCAUGAUGUGGGACCAAGUCACCUACAAAGAACGCUACCAGGGAAUGGUGAGAAUACGUGGAAAAUUCACCAGCAAAGUCUAGAUAUAAAUCUGCCUCUUUGUACAAAUAUUUCAUACAAUCAGUGUGACAGUAGUCAUGGAGAUGAUGAAAGACUUGCUUUCUAUCAACAUUCUUCCGAAAUGUUUUAUAGCCGUCAGGUGGAGGGUAUAGUGUACAAAGCUAUGUGAAAGGCCCUGCCUUGAAAAUUAUGUGCUUCCUUGGGCUCUGGAAUGAUGUGGGGAUAUUCUAUGAAAUCCAACAUGCUUAACUGAAAGGUUUCAGUACUUCUCCAAGUAUGGGGAGUAGUAUAUUAUGAAAUGUUUAAAAGUCAGAUUUUUUUACUGAAAAAGACACAUUUCCUUUUGAAUUUUCCUCUUCCUUUUUUUUGUUAUAAUGCCCUAAUCUCCCGGAGCUCCUAAAUAUAAUCCAUUGCUAUAAAUUUGUUGAAACCAAAAACUAUUGCAAAUAAUGUUUUCAUUGCGUUGUGACAAUGUGCAGAAAGGCAAGCUCAUGGUGUAAGACAAAGUUUAGAAACCAAACUAAUUUUUUUCAAAGAAACAAAGAGCAAGUAGUUUUGUUAUAAUGUAGCAAGUAUCCAACAUAUUUGAUCUCUAAAACACCAGAAUAUAUUGCAAAGAAACAAAAUGAAAACCAUGACCAAUCUAGCAGUCGACUUAUUCCAGACUUUAUGGCUGCACAUGUAUACACCGUGACUCUGUAUGUAUAUAACUUUUUAUUACAAUAAUAUAUAACUGGAUAGAUUAAUUUGUGAUCUACUCAAUGUUCCUGAGUAAAAGUCUAUUGGAAAAAUUUGUUGUCUUGAAGAUCUAGUUCAGUCAAAACUUUUUUUCUAUUUUGUUACAAAAUGAGACUUAAAUCUUGGUGGAAGAAAAGUGAACAGUUAUCCCUUUGCUCUUUACUGAACUGUCACAUGCUUUAGUUUUGCAGGGUUUUUUUUGACCAGAAAACAGAGUUACAAAGAUUUAAGGAAUUUUCCUGUUGUACAUAUGGUGAAUAACAUGAAAUUCCAUCCUGUAAACUUAUUGUGACUGCCACUGGAUUAUCGUUUUGUGUAACUAAGUGUAAAGCAGUUUGGUUGUGUCAAACCACAUAUUCAUUUCUUUUGACGGGGGAAGGGGUAAAGUUACUUUUGGAUAAGAGUGUGAAAAAGCAUAUGAACACUGUAAUGAUAUUGAUAAUGGAAUUAAUUUGAUGUAAUAAAGCAAAUUAAAGUGUC